AUGCAAUCAAAACUACUCUUGGCUACCACCCUCUUGGGGAUGGUACACGCUCAUCGCCCUCAGAUUACCGCUGCUCCAGUCAUGAUGGCAAAGCGUCAGGAAAUCGACGGCAACAUUGUCGUGCACCAAAUCUACGGCGCACCCAUUGGCGUGGAUACCCAGUAUCUGACCAAGGACGGCGAGACCACAAGAUGGAUUGGUAUCAACACCGAAUACCUGACCGAGGUGAUUGUCACGACUACGAUCAACAAUGUCGAGACAACGACUGCAGUCAAGCAGCAGCUGUCCGUCGUGACCGCCACGGCGGACUCGGAGGGAGUCAAGGUCGGCGACGUGACGGUGCUCCUGGCGGACACGCUUCAAAAGGAGCUGGACGGCCUCAUCAAGACGGGCAUGGCCUCGUGCGCGUCCCCGGUCAGGCGGAGGAAGCGAGAUGGCACGAGCUGCAUGAUUGACUUUUUGCAGCACGCGGCGCAAAACGACGAGACGUUGGCGCUCGUCAACCCGGCCGAGUGGGACGCCUUCACCCUCGUGCUCAAGGAAAACGCGCCGGCGAUCAUGGCCGCGGCGUUUCAGGUGCUCAAGACGAACUCACGAAAGAACAAGUUUGCCAUCAUCAUGGUGGCCGCCGCGAUAGCUCUCGGGCUCUCCCUGAGCUCAGCAGGCGAUCGCGUCAACGAGGUACCGCACAAGUAUGUCUUCGCCGGCGGCCAGUUUGGCGGCCUGCAGGAUGUCGAUGUGCCGGUGACGACGACGCAGACGACGUCCACCACGACUUCCAGCGCGUGCGAUCCAGCGGCGACCGUAGACGAGAACUCGCCGGCAUGCGACGAUCCGGAUUGCAAGGGAGAAAACAAGGUCUGCACGGGAGAGGGCCCCAAGAAAGACUGCCGCUGCGCCUUGUGGGCUAGCAGAGUCAUCCUGGGCUAUUUCGACGCAGAGUGGGCCGACCAGCAGCAGCAGAUCAUCAAGGAGCUCGAGGCCGCGCUGCCCGCCGUGAUCCCGCCGCAGUGCUCGAGCAACUCGUACGGCGACGGCUUUGACGGCAAGCCCGUGGCCGAGCCCUCGGGCUUCUGCUUCUGCUCAAGCAUGAGUCCCGGGCGCAGCGUCACCAGCGGUCUGUACGCGACCAUGACGGAGGCGGGAAGCGCGCCCUGCGGGUACACGACGAUGCCGACGGCGACCAUUACCGUGUCGGUGAGGCCAAAGGAGACGGCCAUUACGUCAUGCCGGACGGAAGCAAGUCAUGGCCUCGACCCGUACUGUACCUGCAACGACGACGCCAUGCACGAGCCGGCCACCAAGACCAUAUCCGGCAAGACAACAGUCGUCUGUCCCGACGCGGUCGCCACCCUCGCGAGCUACCCGCCCCUCUACACGCCCGAGGUCAACCUGCCGUGCGAGUCGUACAACGACGAGGGCAAGUGCUCGACGUACGAGUGCCCGCGCGACUUUUACCGCGCCUGCACCACCGACCCCCGCGCGCCCAGCCAAGGCCAGUACUGCGGCUGCGUCGCCGGUGGCGUCAUCCCCACGGACGGCACGCGGCGGUCCUGCGGCAGCGACCUGAGCUGCCGCCGCUUUAACUGCGGCGACGAUUACUUUGCCACCUGCGACGGCAUCGCCAACAUCUGCGUGUGCCUGCCGCGCCACGGCGCCCCGCCCGACAAGCCCCGCGAGAGCUGCCGCGGCAUCGGCGGCUGCCGCCGGUACAGGGGCGGACCCGACGCGUACCCGGUGUGCCUGGCCGACGGCACCUGCGGCUGCCGCAGCGCCCUGCCGCGCCAAGAUCACACCGAGAGGCAGUGCCUCAAGGACGCCGAAUGCAGCGCCUAUCGGUGCCCUCGCGGCGAAUGGGUCUACUGCCUCAACUCCCAGUGCGCUUGCCGCAAGAGCACCGCCGGGAAGCCCCCCGCGGACGCGUCCUGCAAGGGAGACUGGGAUUGUCGCAUGUUUAUGUGCGACGAGGGUCAGAUGGUCGGGUGCCCGGUCAACGAGCGAGGCGGCUCCGGCACGUGCCAGUGCAUGUCCAAGUUGAGCGUCGUGCCCGCCGGCGCCACCGUCAAGUGCGCGGCUCAGAGCGAGUGUGAUGUGUACUACUGCGCUGAUAGCGCGGAGCAUGUGGUAUGCAAAGAGUUUAUGGAAGGUGGAAAGCAAUACUGUAGACAUAAGACUGAGGUUGACGAGAAGGAAACGAUGGACGAGAAAGAAGACUUUGAUGAGCAGGAAGAACUUGAUGACAACUAA